UAUGUUAAAAAAUUAGACGCUCACACCUGAAAUUAGAGUACGGCAAUGUAGGAUUUAUUUCCCACUGUCACAGUUGGGGUUGUCUUGACAAACUGCUUCACUGAAGGUACUGACAGAUCUUCAUUAGCGAGUCGACAGCUGCAUGCCUGAGUUCAACUUCCUUUACAUUAAUCCACGACAGUCGUCCCCAUCGACAAGCACGACCGACUCCAAUACCCCAGCACAAUCUACUACUAGUAGCGUUACAGUUAUUACUGACGCACCCACUCUAACCCCCAGUGGCAGUCAGGCAUCCACAAUAACGUCUAUACAGUUAUCCGGGACCCAGCCUGGGGGCUCCCAGGCUCCCAGCGUUGGUAUCCCGACAUCAAGCAGUCCUACACCUCAAACGACGUCCUCUUCCGAUGUUGGUACGACUUCUCCUGCUACUACAACGUCGUCUCAACCUGAGUUAACUACACCCACAUCGUCCACUUCGUCUACAAGUUCAGAAACUUCAAGUUCUACAUCUACAUCUCAGCCUCCUACUUCCACAACCUCGUCUGUAUCAUCUUCGUCCCAAACCACGACCUCGCCUCCAGCCCCGACUACCACUACCUCCUCAUCCCCCUCGCCCUCGCCCUCGCCAUCACAAUCACAAUCACCAUCACCAUCACCGCCAUCUAUAUCUCAAAACAACCCGACUUCUACGACCCCAACUUCCACAAAUGGAGGCCAGACAACGUCGACCAUUACCUCAUCUUUUGUGACGGUUAUAGGAUCAUCUACCAUAUCAACCUUCAGCCUCAUUCCUACGGUCAUCAGUCUACCUUCAAACACCACUACCGGCACAACAGAUCGCACUGCCGUUAUCGCCGGCUCCGUGAUAGGCGGAGGCUUAGUCCUUAUCGUUGGUCUCUCUGUAUUUUUCUACCGCCAACGUCAGCGCUUCAAACACUUCCACUUCCUUGACGCUAUCAACGUGCGCAGACGACAAGCCCGUGCCAGAGCAACACUGCUCGCAGGCGAGGACCUCGAGGACGUUGACCUCCCACGUCCGCCUCCAGGAAGAUACUCUGACUAUGAUUCCCCCUGGGAUCCGCGCGCUAGCUCGGGGUCACUUAAUGAUACCGAACGUGGAAAAUUCAUGGGUUCCGUGGUCCACGGUGGGGACGUUGACUUGAGCCACAUCGUCGACGACGUCAUGGGCCCUUCAGCGUCAGGCGUGCACUACUCACAAAAUUCCCUAUCAUCUUCUUAUUACGACUUAUCAGGGCACGAGUCUACGCCUCAAACUAGAGAGAGACCCAACGCAUCGCAGAUUGCAUUAAUAGAAGCUGCGGGGCUGAGUACCACGGGAGACCCCGGCAUGCAACCUAUACGCCCUAGUCCACUUGGGAACAAUGAUCCUGUUGUGACAGGUGGCGGUAAUGCCCUGUGACAAUGAUGCCCCCUGCGCCCCUAUAUUUAUUUUUUCACUUGUACAGCAUGUAACGUGCUGUGAUCAAGGUGGGUAUGCAGAACCCCUUGCAUCUGAUUGGCCAAUCCUACACGACCCGAUCUAACUAUCAGAUGACUAUGUUCUUUAUGUGCUGAUCCUUACCUAUACAUAAUUCUUGUUGUUUCACUUUGUCGCAUAUAUACUAUUACUCACUGCUGCUGUGGUUGUUCAUUUUUUAUCGGUACUGGACAUGGAUACCUUCCUAUAUCUGCUAGUGGUUUUAGUUAUACUCAUAUCACGGACUUGUUAUGGACUUCGUUCUGAGAUUCUUUGGCUCCCUCGCUAUGCACUCCUAGCAAUAUUUGUUGGCAAUGGAUGCUGCUAAUCACGCAUUUUGAUUCUCAAGUC